AUGAUGUACGGAUCGGAGACUUGGGCAGCACCAUCAACGGUUAUGAAGAGGCUUGACUACACGGAACGAAAGCUGCUUAGACGGCUACUUGGCUACUUUUGGCCUAGGGUAUGUCACAAUGAAGAUCUUUACGUAGAAAUUGAUGUGGUAUACCGGCGGAUGACACGUGGAAGACAUCAACAUCUUGCACCGCCAUCGAAAGUGGUUAAAGUAAAUCGUCUUCGCUUUUUUGGUCAUAUAUUAAGGAGACCGGCAGAACGCCUUGUUCAACGAGUUCUGAGGAGUUCGUCGGGUUCGAGCUGGAAGAAGCCACGGCCGAAAACGGAAGUUCUGGACUGA